UGUGUUCGUUUGAAUGGUAGGUUGGAUGCUGGUUUAUUGGUGAGAUGGCGAUGAAGCUGGCUUACUGGGAUAUUAGAGGGCUUGCUCAGCCCAUUCGCCUGCUGUUGGAGUACACUGACACCAAAUGGGAGGAUAAACUCUAUUCAUGCGGUGAAGCUCCCAAUUAUGAUAAAAGCUGCUGGUUUGAUGAGAAACCGAAGCUCAAAAUGGACUUUCCUAAUCUGCCCUACCUUGAGGAUGGAGAGAGGAAAAUUGUGCAGAGUAACGCCAUACUGAGAUACAUCGCCCGCAAACACAACCUGUGUGGGGAGACAGAGGACGAGAUUGUCAGAGUGGACGUCCUGGAAAAUCAGGCAAUGGACUUCCGGAAUGGAUUUGUCAUGCUCUGUUAUCUAGACUUUGACAGCAAAAAGCAAGGCUACUUGGAAGCACUGCCUGGAAUUCUGAAGCAAUUCUCUGACUUUUUGGGGGAACGAAAGUGGUUUGCUGGUGAUAAGAUCACUUUUGUGGACUUCAUUAUGUAUGAAUUGUUGGACCAGCACCGUAUGUUUGAACCCAAAUGCCUGGACAAUUUCAAGAACCUUAGAGAUAUGUUGGACAGAUUUGAGGCGCUUGAGAAGAUAUCAGCGUACAUGAAGUCGAACAGAUUCAUGAAAACACCUGUAAACAACAAGAUGGCAAAGUGGGGAAACAAGAAGGAAUGAAGCAGCGUCAUGUUUUUGAUGUGAUGGUACUCUAAAGUACAGCAACUGUAGGUGAUGAUAAUGGAGUUUUUGCCAAACAAUGUUUUAAAUCACCUUUAAAAGCCUUAAGGUCCCUAAACAGCAUAGUUUUAAGAUGCUGUAAUAAAAUGAAAUUAGGCCAACCUAUUUUGAAAAUUGUAUUAAUAAAGGUACAACAAAAGCACUUAAAUUUCAAUUUCAACUGUGUAAAUCAGAAAAAAAAAUGCCUUGUUUAAAAUUUGUAUGCUUUUGUGUACUAAUUUUGAAGAGUGACAAAUUGUUCACUUUUUCUAUUUUCACUCAAUAAAAACUGUGAGAUUUGUGUUUACUGCCA